CGCUCCUUUUGUUCUGAACAUCGCUUAUGGUGGUGUCCUUUUCAUAAAGAAAAGACAAUCCAUUUGAAUCUGGGGCGAACGAAGGCGUUCAGAUUCUUCAAAAAAUGUUUAGUAUAUUAAAAAGACUCCUUUUCUUGCUUCUACUUGUCUUUCCUGCCGUUAUUUUCAUAACAAAUCAAGGUUCACUUGGUGUUGUGGGUGAAGAUGAUGAGGUAAUUGAUGAUGAGGAUGUUGACGAAGAUGCCGGAGAUGAUGCGGAAGAUGAUAGUGAAGAAGAAGAUGGUAGGGUGGAAACAGAGGAUGAAGGUGAAGGAGAAGAACCAGAACUAGAUGAAGCACAGACCACAGAAGCAGAUACUACAGGUGAACAAGACGUGACAGAGGAGGAAGAUCUUGAGAUUCCAACCUUGACAGCUUCACCUGAUGCCGAGACAACCAUUUUGUUUACAAGUCAUCCAGAACAAGAAAUUGCCGCUGGAAGUAUUGUUGAUUGCCUCGUGGGAUUUACCAACAAUGGCAAGAACGAUUUCGUUAUUGAAGCGCUCGAUGCUUCCCUCAGAUAUCCACAAGAUUAUUCGUACUUCAUCCAAAAUUUCACAACAAGAACUCUCAAUAGACUUGUAAAACCUGGAGAACAAGCAACAUUUGACUAUGCUUUCAAACCACAUGAAAACCUUGGGGGACGACCAUUUGGGAUUGUUGUAGCCUUGUAUUACAAAGAUGCUGAGGGAAAGGAUUGGAUGGAUUCCGUCUUCAAUGAAACUGUCACAUUCAAGGAACAUGAUGAAGGAUUUGAUGGGGAGACAUUCUUCCUUUACGUGUUUGUUGCAGCUAUGGCAAUCCUCAUCAUCAUGGGAGCCCAGUAUAUCCUCUCAUCACUAGGGAAAAAGAAGUCUGCAAAACCUUAUGUUGAGAUGGGAACACAACAAAAAUCAGAUGUUGACAUGGAUUGGCUGCCUAAAGAAACCACAACUGAGUUUGGCAAGAACUCGCCACGUCGCUCCCCACGUAACCGCAGACAGAAGAGGAAUCCUGGAGCUGGUGAAGAUUAACUGCAUAUUGUCAAAGAGUUCAAGGCCUUACAACUGUGCAUGUCUGAACAUCUUACAAUUGAGCCUUGAAGGAGCAAGCAAAUAGGAAUUAUACAAUUUCAAGAAAUGGAGGCAUACAUUGUGUGUUGUUUAUAAAUAAAAUGUCACACACACAA